ACCCAUAAUUUGUAGUGACGGAGGACCAACGCUAGGAGGCGGUAACAUAUUUUAUAGCAGCUGGUCACCGUGGUGGGGAGUGCUGGCACAUAAAUAUAAACGUUCAUGUAUCAUUCAUUUGCUAGGCAUUUGUUGGCCUAAAGCUCAGACCUGCUUGGGAAAAUUGAUGCUGUUGCCGUGAGCAUGGCCUCAGCCUCCAGCUUUGCUCCUCCAGUUCUGGCAGACUAUAUCCUCACAGAGCGGCUGGGCAGUGGUACCUAUGCUACAGUGUACAAAGCCUACAGAAAGGGAGACAGUCGAGAGGUGGUGGCAGUGAAGGUGGUUGCGAAGAAGACUCUAAACAAGACGUCUACAGAAAACCUACUCACAGAGAUUGAAAUCCUCAAGACUGUGCGUCACCGUCAUAUAGUUCAGCUCAAAGAUUUUCAGUGGGAUGCUGAGAAUAUUUAUCUGAUCCUGGAAUGGUGUUCUGGUGGAGACCUCUCUCGCUUCAUUCGCAGUCGAAGGAUCCUACCUGAGAGGGUGGCCCAACGCUUCUUGCAGCAGAUAGCCUGUGCCCUCCAGUUUCUUCAUGAGCGAAACAUCUCACAUCUGGACUUGAAACCUCAGAACAUUCUGCUCAGCGGCUCUGUCCUGAAACUAGCAGAUUUUGGUUUUGCUCAGUACAUGUCGCCAUGGGAUGAGCAGAGUGCCCUGAGAGGUUCUCCUCUUUACAUGGCUCCUGAGAUGGUGUGCCGAUGCCAGUACGACUCCAGGGUGGAUCUGUGGUCAGUAGGAGUCAUUCUCUAUGAGGCACUGUUUGGGCGAGCGCCAUUUGCAUCAAGGUCAUACGCUGAACUGGAGGAGAAGAUCCGGAGUAACCAACCUAUUGAGCUUCCUCCAGGGUCCAGGGUAUCCAAGGACUGUAGGGACCUUCUUUUGCGGCUGUUGGAGAGAUCUCCAGAUGCCCGGAUUACCUUUGCAGAGUUCUUCACUCACCCUUUUGUGGAUUUGGAGCACAUGCCAAGUUCAGAGAGCCUAGGGAAAGCGAAAGAGCUGGUCCUGCAGGCCGUUCAGAAGGACCAGGAGGGCGAGAGGUCGGCCGCUCUAUCUCUGUACUGUAGUGCCCUUGAGCACUUUGUCCCCGCUAUUCACUAUGAGACGGACCGACAAUGUAAAGAUGCCCUCAGGCAGAAGGUCAGCCAGUAUGUGUCCAGAGCCGAGGAGCUGAAAGCCCUGGUGGCGUCAGACAACAGACAGACCUUUGAGGAGGCCCGGACCUCCAGGGAUGUCCUCCGAGAAAUGUCUCGAGACCAGCCACGACUGCUGGCUGCUUUGAAGAUAGCCUCUACUGCCAUUGCUAAGGAAGAGAGUGGAGUGGAUGAUCAUGAGGCCCUGGAUAUGUACCAGCAGUGCUUAGGAGAACUACUGCUGACACUAGCAGCUGAGCCCCACGGUCGCAGGAGAGAGCUGCUCCAUAGCGAGAUUAAGAGCCUGAUGACCAGAGCGGAAUACCUCAAAAAGCAUAUCAAGAUGCGGGAGACUCAAAGUGACGUGUCUCUGGAUCGAGAAACCUUUACAGACUCUGUCAGAAACACCUGCUGUUUGCAGUAAGCCUGAUGACCACCAUGGGAACUGGCUGGGACGCCCCACACAUCAUCAGAAUGCCUGUCAGUGUUCAGGUUGGACACACAGCUUUCACCUGAGCAGGUUUCUGCUGGGGCCAAAUCAAACCUGCAUCAGACCUCACCCUAACCAACAGCCUGGGUGGGAUAUUACAGUUGCCAACCAUAUGUGGUCAAUAUUUUGGUUGUUGCUGGAAUGUUAUUCUACCAGAUGAUUUGCCAGGGAAACAACUGGUCUUUAUUCUUUUAGAGGGAAAAAAGGUUUGACUGGUAAAAUAGUGAAAAUAUUUAUGAAUAUAUUUAUUCUUCUGAAUUUUGGAUUUGCACCCUGGUGAAUGUGAAAGUUGGUUCCCUGCUCUCUCACUGUAUUGUUGCACUGUUUGGCCUCAGAUCCCUCCUCCUGACACACCAUUGGUAUGUAAAUGCUGGGUAGCUUGUAUCACACUGUCAUGGUAAACUGAUACUGCUACUUUUGUUUCGGUGCAGAACAUCCAGAUGAAGUGCGAAAACCUGAAAAUACAAUCAAAUGGGAACAUUGAUGUUACAAAGUAUCAGUUUUGAACUGUAGUAUUAAGUAUAUUCUAUAGAGGCCUCUGCAAACAUGCACAUACCCCCACCCCCGGCCCCCUUUCCCACUGCCUUUACUGUGGGUCAACCACAGGCUCACCAUGCUCUCUCUGCUGAUGGAGUCCUCACCACCACUAUGAGGGGAAAACUGGAGAGGUGCGGCUCUGCUUUAUUUACACUAGACAUGCAUUUUCUUAGGUUUGGCACUGGCCAGGAUUUGAGGGAUACACUGAGUUGUGGUGCUCAGGCAAAACCUUCAUAACCAGACCUGUAUAAAAUGGUGAAAACAACUGGUGGCAGACUGAUAAUCCUCACUGUUGUAGGUCUUCAUGGGCUGUUUUCAUUUCAGACAGGUAAUUUGCUUUAAUACUCCAAAAGGAAGCUUUACUUUAUGAACAUAAUUUUUAUGGCAACUGGGGGAAAAAAAGCCUGAAGAGGAGUCAAAUGAAAAAUGUAUGAAUAUGUCUGGUGGCAAGAUUUUCACAUUGUUUUGUCAUUAAAUUUUUUAUUUGAAUGGUUAUAUAAUUGUAUUUAUUAAAUGAGAAAUUCAUUGAAGAAUAAAAUGUCAAUCUCUGAAGUAUUGUUGUCUGCAACUGUAGCUUCAGACAUUUUAUCAGAAGUACCAGACAAAUACACAUCUUGUAGAACCUAUGGAAAGAUUUAUGUGCUGUCAUUGGAGCAAUACUGCUGGUCUCUCACCAUCGUCCUCUUCUGGAAGACCACUCUC